AUGGCGGACGCGUCCUUCAAAGACGUGCCGGAGAUUUUUGAGGUCGAGCUGGGGGAGUCGGUGGCCGCUCGAACAGAAGCGCUAUCAACCUGGAGAGAGCUGGGACCUCCGGACCUUUGCCAUGUAAUCAAGAGCACAGGACGCAGCGGGCAGCACGACCUCGGUUCCUAUCACUAUGUAUCGGGAGUGGACGCUUCAUCAUCCGCGUCUCUCGCUGCCUACAUCAACUCUCUGACCUACGCGAUUGAAGAUGAUUCGGGCUGGUUCUCAAAGGGUUCAGCAUGGAAGGUGCGGCAUGGUUGUUACUGCUGUUUCAAUGCAUUCUCUCGUGUCGACGUACGAGUAGAUGUCAAGAUACCCGGCGGUGUGAACGCGUACAUCAUUGACCUGCGUGGCGAGAGACACGAGCUCACCGCGGAUGCUGGACAAGAUAUGUGGCAGGAGACUUAUCUCUCUGCUAUUCUCCGUGCGGUCCUCUAUUCCGACGAUUCCGCGUAUUGGCUGGACGCUUACCGCAAGCUCGACCCGAUCACAACACCUGAGGGCGAGCUGCGCUUCCUCCAAUCGGCCGAGGCGCUCUUUAUGAAGGGCGAAGGCUGGCAGGUGGGGUCGGAGCCCGAAAUUCAGGUUGCCACGGUCGUGUCGAACCACCUGACAUCGGCGAUCAUGAAGUACUUUGGCGAUAGUGGGCGAUAUCAAUAUGCUGCGAAUCUGUUCGAGAAACUCAGUGCGAAGGAGCCGGAGAUAUCGUCGCUGCUUGCACGGAGCUAUAUUGGCAUGAAUGAGGAGGUCAAGGCAGUGCAGAUCAUGGCAGCUGCAAUCAAGCAAACGCCGCAAUCGUACACAUUGUUACACGCGCAAUGUGAUCUUCUCCGCUCAAAGGGCAAUCAUGAAUGGGCGUUGAAACUUGCCAAGCAAGCAGUUAAUUGUGCACCCAGCGAGUUCGUCACAUGGGAGAAGCUGACGGAGUUGUACAUCGACCUCAAGCAGUAUGAGUCGGCUCUCCUCACGCUCAAUUCAUGUCCCAUGUUCACCUACAAUGGCCGAGAUGCUCACCGCAACUUGCAAGCGUCAAAAGUACAUCUACCGCCCAAGGGGCAGAUCGUUGAGAUCCUACCUGAACGCGCAAAAACCGAAGAUGACGAUGCAGAUCCUGCACUACUGCGAUUGCCCGCGCCGGGCCUGCGGGGCACAUGGGCACGCGCGUAUGCGCUCUUGACGCGCUUGGUCUCGCAAAUUGGCUGGGAUGAGCUGCUCAAGACCCGGAGCUCCGUCUUCGUCAUGGAAGAGGAGUAUCGCAUGCAGAAGCAGCAGGGUGACAUGCGCGGACACUCAACAAGUCCCAGCAGUGCAAAUGGGCAAGUACCGGCGCGCGGCUCAUCUCUCCAGGACAGCGCGACGCUCGUGCAGCAGGCGGAUGACGACGCGUCAACGCGGGCUGUCGUCUCGCCCGUGCACUCGGCGAACCCAUCCGCGGCGGAUACGCGUACGGAUGCGGAUACGCUGGGCGUGAACGAUGGGUUGCCGACGAUCAGGAUAUCGACUGCGAGCGACGUGGAGCGCGAUAAGGAGGCUAUAAUCGCGAUGGUGAAAGAGAAGGAGAGGGAAGAAGCGGAGGCUAAGGCCAAGGCGGAAGCUGAGGCAGAAGUGGAGGCCAAGGCUAAGGCGGAAGCUGAGGCAGAGGCAGCGGCCAGCAAUAAGAACGAGCCUGAUGCGAAUACCAAUGGGGAGGCCAAGCAGAAUGGAGUGUCUAUGAGCCAUUCAUUGGAAAAGCCAGAGCAGGCGGCUGCUGGUGCAGGGGAUGGCUCGCAAGAGGGAGAGCCGCCAUCGUCCAUGAGUAAUCAAGAGCCAUUUUCGUUCAGCAACAAGCGACUUUGCGAGCGGUGGCUCGACAACCUGUUCAUGGUCUUGUACGAAGAUCUCCGUGUAUGGACCAUCUUCCGCGCAGAAGUAGCGCAUUUUAAAACACAACACGUCGCAUACCGCAAGACUGCGCUCGAAUGGGAGAUCCUUGGCGAUCUGGGGUCACGACUGCACCACAAGGAGGAGGCCAAGGAAGCGUACACGCGCUGCCUCGACUCACCUCGGUAUUCCUACAAGCCGUGGUCCAAGCUGUUGGACAUGUAUGCGGAUGAGGGCGAUAUCCAGCGAACGCUGCAGGUCGCCAUCCGCGUCGCAGCGUACCAAUGGGGAGAGUACGCGGAAAUGACGUAUCCGACCCAGAUAGCCCGCUGUCUGUUCAAGGUCGGCCAGAUCCACGGCCACGCGAAAAUCUCCUACACGCUUCUGAGCAUGGGUCUCCCCGAUUCGAUCGCGAAAAUCAUGGAGGGAUACCUCAACUACGGGAAAACGUUCAAAGUCGAGGGAUACGAUUUCUGA